AUGACUCAAAACGGCUCUGGUAGUCCUCAAUAUGAGCUCUACUAUAAUCCUUUCUCAAUCUGCUCGCUCAUGGUUCUAUUGACAUUGCGCUUGAAAGGCGAUCCAAAAUCCCUUUCUGACGCCGUCGAACCGGCGGAAAAAGAAAUCGACAUCUAUACCGGCGAGCAGAUGACGGAAGAGUUUUUGGAGAAGAAUUGGAAAGGCCAGGUUCCUGUUCUGCUCUCCCCGUCUCUCUCCGUCCAGCUUACGGACAGUCUCGACAUCACCAAUUACCUGGGUGAGAAGUACCCUGGCCUGGCGCCUAGUGCACACAAAGAAACCAUUAAAGCCCUCUUGGACGAACUUCACAAUGUCAAGUAUAUCACGUUGUCGUUCAAGGCAGAGGAGCGCCGCGCCGAAGCUAUCAUCAACGCAAUUCAGACCUUAGUCGCUGAACCGACUUCUUCGGAGAAGUACAAGGCUGCGUUGAACAAGAAGCUCCAAUAUCUCUUGAAUACGUACGGAGCCAACCCACAUUCACCCGAGGAGACAGCCAAAGAAGAGAACAAAUCGCGCAUCUACCUGGGGAAAAUCAGCAAAAUAAUCGUGAGCAACGGUGGGAAGCCUUCGAGCGACGGACGGGUCUGGAUUUUCGGCGAGGCUACUGGCCCCACGGCAUUGGAUGCUCACACAAUCGUGUUCAUUGCACGCCUUCUCGACGCGGGUCGUGCAAAUUUGAUCGGCGACGACAUGCUUCAAUGGGGUAAGAAGCAUUUGGAAUCAAAGGAGUGGCAGGGGAUCGUGCAGGGCCGACCUACCUUGCAUAAUCUGUGGGAGAAACAGCAAAAAGAGAAGGCGUGA